AUGAAUUCCGUCGAUGCGUCCGAGCAUUACGACCUAGGAGCCACAGAUCCUGCUCCGUCUCUUCUCACCAUCAUCCUCGACACAAAUCCUCACGCCUGGGCAGCCCUCGAAAACUCACUCCCACUCUCUAAAGCCGUCGCAAACAUCCUCGUGCUUAUCAAUGCCCAUCUAGCCUGCAACUACGCAAACGAAGUUGCCGUCGUCGCAUCACACAGCCAAAAAGCAGCAUGGCUCUACCCAGUCCCAAGCGACAUGCGCGAGUCUGCAGACCGCGACGGUGACGUCGCGAUGAACGUUACCAACGGUGCACCCGCAGCUCAAACAAAUAAAUACCGACCCUUCCGUUUAGUUGAAGAGCAGGUCAACAGCAACCUGAAAGCGCUUCUGGAUUCGACCAGCAGCGAUGAUAUCCGUGACAACACGUCGACCAUGAUAGCCGGCGCGCUGACUUUAGCUCUCAGCAAUAUCAACCGGCGAACAAUUGCCUGGGCAGAGGAACAUGGCGGUGCAGAACAAGAUGAUCCGACAGAAGGAAAUGGAGGUGGUGGCCAGGGAACAACGUCGAACAAAUACUCCGCCGACGACGACGAGCGGCUACAGAGCCGCAUCCUGAUUGUAUCUGUUAGUGGAUCCGGCGACUCAGCGCACCAGUACAUUCCCGUGAUGAAUAGUAUCUUCGCGUGCCAGCGCCUUCAUAUCCCCAUCGACGUAUGCAAGCUCAGUGGUGAUGCGGUGUUCCUGCAGCAGGCCUGCGACGCCACUAAGGGCGUGUACAUGGCCUUGUCAGAGCCGCGUGGACUGCUCCAAUAUUUGAUGAUGGCAUUCCUGCCAGACCAACGUUCUCGUCGACAUCUUGUGCUCCCAACGAGGGUGGAUGUGGAUUUCCGUGCUGCCUGUUUCUGUCAUCGUCGAGUCGUGGAUAUAGGGUUCGUAUGUUCCAUUUGUCUGAGCAUAUUCUGUGAGCCUCCACCGGAUAAUACUUGUUUGACUUGUGGAUCGGCAUUGGAUGCUGGUGAUUUUGGUCUGAAACCGGCGCUUGUACCGAGAAAGAAGAAAAAGAAGAAGCGGGUUAAUGGGGCUUCGGCGGCUGGGACGCCUAUGUCUACUCCUACGCCUGGUCCUUAA